CAGUUAGUGCAAUGCAUUUGAAUGCGGACAUAUCCAGCGCACUCCAGCAAAUUGAGGCAGUAAAAAGGGUCAUUGAUGAAAGCGAUGACCCCAAAUUACAAAGCCAAACUGCUGAGAGUCUCAAAACAAUUUUGGAUAUUUUACAAGACCCCGUGUUUAUUUCGAUAGUGCAUGUUCAGGAUUCACUGUCUGAACUGAAUGCUCAGUUAACGCAGCAUCCCUCGAUGUUGCCAAAUGACUUUGACAUUGAUAUGGCAGGGAAUUUGGUUUUAAGCGUCAAUGGUGGUGGCGAUGUUAUGUAUGAGUUUGACGAACGACUGUCUACUCCCCUUAAUAGCGCCUCAGGUGCUAAUAGUCCUAGCAGUAGCAAAGCGACUGAAGUCGCUGACAAUGUGAUGUCAGAGCACCACCAUUCUAAAAUGCCUUCUUUGUCGGGAGUCGAAUUAUUCCCCACGGACUACGUGCAAAUACAAGCAAUUGAGUUGGUCAAUGAUGGCACAGGUCUAGGAUUCGGUAUUAUAGGGGCGCGAAACUCUGGCGUGAUAGUAAAGACGAUAUUAUCUGGGGGAGUUGCGGACAGGGACGGCCGGUUGAGGUCAGGUGACCAUAUUUUGCAAAUCGGUGACGUAAAUUUGCAAGAAAUGGUAUCGGAACAAGUUGCAGCUGUGUUAAGGCAAUCUGGAACACAUGUACGUUUAGUUGUUGGUCGAGCAAUUGAACAGCCCUCCCCAGUUGGAUUUAAUUUGGAGCCUGGGAGUGCUAUAGUUCCUGCCAGAGUUUUGGUAGAUCGUGCUGAACUAGAGCGAUACUUAAUAUCAACUGGCUAUCCGGAAAUAUUUGGCGAGAGUUCAAAUGCUUCAACUCCACAGACGACUACAGAAGAUGAACGAUUUGUAUACCGAGGAUCAAAACCAAUUUUGGAACAUUUGGAAUUACCUGAAACAGAAAAGUUGCAAGUGGAACUCAAAAAGGAUGCUAACGGCUUGGGCAUCACUAUUGCUGGAUAUGUGUGUGAAAAGGAAGAGUUAUCUGGCAUAUUUGUUAAAAGCGUAUCUCCGGGAUCUGCAGCAGACAUAAAUGGCCGUAUACGUGUCAACGAUCGCAUUAUUGAGGUAGAUGGGCAAUCAUUACAGGGCUUUACAAAUCACCAGGCUGUCGAACUCUUGAAGCAGUCAGGAACAGUGGUUAAUCUAAGAUUGGAACGUUAUUUGAGAGGUCCUAAGUACGAACAACUUCAACAGGCUAUUGCUGCCAAUGACAAGCUUCCCUCCAGUGUUCCAUCUACUCCGUCACGGGCCUCAGCAGCAAGAGAUACACUAUCUGCUAGCAGCGUAAAUGUAUUCGCCACCGAGCCUGAAGCUUUUAAUAUACCCAACUCCAAUGUACAUAAUAUAUGUAAUAAUCAACCCACAAACAUGACUACCUUUGGCACAGAUAGAAAGUCCGUUCUUGUUCCCAAAGUCCUCGAGGAUAUGACAAAAAAAUUAAUAUCAACAGAUAUACAUUCUUUUCAGGAGCCGCUUCAUGCAAAAAAUAGUGUACUAAUCACGCGACAGAAAUAUACUGAUCCUGAACUUAGUCCGGAAGUAGAACAAGAAAUCAUACGCAAAUGGAAGAAAAUUGUUGGAAAUGAUGUUGACGUGGUGGUGGCUCAAAUCAAAAAAUUUCCUGUCGGUGGCCUUGGAAUAUCUCUUGAAGGUACUGUAGAUGUGGAAGGGGGACGGGAGGUUCGACCACAUCAUUAUAUUCGUUCUAUAUUAGCUGAUGGUCCUGUUGGACUCAAUGGGAAAUUACGUGCUGGCGAUGAGUUGUUAGAGGUAAACGGCGAACGGUUAUUCGGUAUGAAUCACUUGGAGGUGGUAGCAAUUCUGAAGGAGCUUCCCAUUGACGUGCGUAUGGUUUGUGGUCGUAGCAAAACAGAGUUAAUGUCAUUUUCUGAUGACACCUUGAAGAAGUUGGAAAGUAAUUUAGAGAAACUGGUUCCGGGCUCUGAUAGACUAGUAAAAGCAAAAUCAGAUGGAAACCUAGCUACAUCAUCGCCAACAUCUGACGAGUCAUUUAAAUUGAAAUCGCGCUCUUUGGAGCCAUUAACUGGCCUAGCAAUGUGGUCGGAAGAACCCCAAAUUAUUGAACUAAUAAAAGGAGAUAGAGGAUUGGGAUUUUCGAUUCUUGACUACCAAGACCCAAUGGAUUCCAACGAUUGUUUGAUUGUAAUACGUUCCCUCGUGCCAGGUGGAGUAGCCCAGUUGGAUGGUCGUCUUAUACCGGGCGACCGUUUGUUGUUCGUUAAUAACAUUAACUUGGAAAACGCUACCUUGGAUCAGGCAGUACAAGCUCUGAAAGGUGCGCCCAAGGGCGUUGUUCGCAUAGGAGUUGCCAAACCACUUCCCAUGACAGACACAUCUUUAAAAUCGAACGGAAACAAUUCAACUAUGUCAUCUAACACAGAGUUUGAAGCCAUUCCACAAAAGUCUACAGAUUUUCAGAGUUUACCCAGUCCAUCCGCUGAAAUAAACUCUACGGAGCCAGACUUGAUUUCAAAUUGGCGAAAGUAA